CACGUGAAACGAAGAGUAUCAAAAUGAAAACGCCAAGACAAACCGAAACUGUGCAAGGUGAAUUAAAACCGUUGAAAAAACAACCUGUUGUUUCCCAGGAGAGCAAGUUAAUCAAAAAGAAAGGAAAAAAACCAAAGCAACUGAAGACAGAGAAGGCCGCGGUGAAUAAGGCCGUGGACAAUGAGAGUCCCAAGAAGUUGACAGUAGCAGAUUUGGCCAAAAUCGAGAAAAAGCGGGCCAAAAAGGAAGGCCAGAAGCUAAGAAAACAGCAGCAGAAGUUAUUAAAAGCUUCCGCAGGGCCAACAGAGACGGAGGUCAAGAAAGAAAUCAAUUCUGUGGAAAAAGAGUCUGAAGAAGAAACUGAGAAAUUGACCACCAAUACAGUCGUUAAACAAGAGACUAAACAGCAAAAAAAGGCCAGCAAGAAAUCCAAGGCCAACAAUAAGGAUGAAGGUGCUGCCAAAUGGGAGCGGGAUCCUGCCCAAGAAGCUGCUACCGUUUUUGUUGGCAAUCUUCCCAUCAACACAAAACGCGUCCAGUUGGUGCGUCUUCUAAAGCCUUAUGGCAACGUCAAGUCCAUACGCCUUCGCACAGCUGGUGGCAAACAAUUGUUCAAGCACAAGCAGCGUAAGGGGGCGGGCUCCCUCAACGCCUACGUAGUGCUCGAUAGCGCCGAGAUUGCUGAAAGGGCGCUGGCAUUGAAUGGCACAGAAUUCAAGGAGAAUCACUUGCGUGUAACCCCAGCCGCAAAGUCGGAAAGUGGAGAUGAUAAAGGGCCCAAAGAUGCCGAUGCCAAGCGCACCAUCUUUGUCGGUAGCCUGAAAUAUUCGGCCACGGAAGAAAAGCUUCGUGAAAUAUUCUCCAGCUGUGGCGAAAUCGAAUAUAUCCGCUGCUUACAGGAAGGCGAAAAGGGCUGCAAGGGCGUGGCAUAUGUGUGCUUUAAGACGCCCGACGCCGUGGGCCUGGCCCUGGAACUCAACCAGACACUGCUCGACGAUAGACCCAUAAACGUGGAACGCUAUUUAGUCAAGAAGUUGGGCGCCAAACGGGUGCGCGACGCUGCUGCUGCGAAAUCAGGUCCACCAUUGAAAUCAAAGACCAAACAGAACUCGGUGGGUGCCAAGAAGCGUCUGGAUAAAAAGCAAUACAAGCAGAACGGCAAGCCAACAGCAGCGCUGGGCGACAAGACUGCGGCUGGCAGCAAAAAGAAAUCAGAGUAUCGGGGCGUCAAAGUUGAUGGUAUCAAAAAGGCCAAGAAACCAAAGAAGAAGAGCAACGACCAACUACAUGCGAUGGCCAAGAAGAUUGCACCAAAGCCGAAAACUUAAUGUAAAACUAGCCUAAGUCUUUAGUUUUAAAUUAGUGACAAUCUAAUUGAAAGGGUUGUACCUUUUCCAUUUUUAAUUUGACUCAAUUACGAAAAAACAAAACCACCGGAACAAUCCCUAAAAUAUUGUACAAUUUCUUACAAGACUUUUUUACGUUACGCGGAAUAUAAA